AUGAGCAGGCGCGCGUGGUUCCCUUUGCAAUACAUCCCCAAGCCCUUCUGGAGAGCGGAGAACCACAACGCCACCAACUUCUUCUCUGCGCUGUACGGCUUCCCUAACCAGUCCUUCUUCCACAGCGAUCUGGACCUGGAGGACCUGGGGGACUUUGACAGCAGGACCAGGUACGAGGGCGAGUCCCAGAGCCGGACGGUGCAGGCGCUGCUGAUCGUGGCCUACUCCGUGAUCAUCUGCAUCUCGCUCUUUGGCAACGUCCUGGUGUGCCACGUGGUGAUCAAGAACAAGAGGAUGCACUCUGCCACUAGCCUCUUCAUCGUCAACCUGGCCGUGGCCGACGUGAUGAUCACCACCCUGAACACCCCCUUCACGCUGGUGCGGUUUGUAAGCAGUACCUGGGUUUUUGGGAAGCUGAUGUGUCACGUGAGCCGGUUUGUUCAGUACUGCUCCGUUCACGUCUCUGUGCUGACUCUCGCUGCCAUCGCUCUGGAUCGGCAUCAGGUUAUCAUGCACCCUCUCAAGCCGCGCAUGUCCAUGGCGAAAGGAGGGAUUUGCAUCAUUAUCAUCUGGGUUAUGGCCAGCUGCUUCUCACUGCCUCAUGCCAUUUAUCAGACACUGACAAGAUUUUAUAUUGGUAAGAUAACGAUACGAAUGGUCUGCCUCCCCAGCUUCCCUCCUCCUGCUGAUCUUUUCUGGAAGUAUUUAGACUUGACUACUUUUGUUCUCUUGUAUGUCCUGCCCUUGCUUGUCAUCUCCAUCACCUAUACCAUGGUGGCCAAGAAGCUCUGGCUGAGGAACGCCAUCGGGGACCUCACCAUGGAGCAAUACUAUGCUCAUCAGCGGAAAAAGAAGAUGACGCUGAAGAUGCUGAUGGCGGUGGUGGUUGUGUUUGCGGUAUGCUGGUUCCCCCUGAACUGCUACGUGGUGCUGAUCUCCUGCAGGGCCAUCCACAGCAGCAACGCUCUGUACUUCGCUUUUCACUGGUUUGCCAUGAGCAGCACUUGCUAACCCUUCAUUUACUGCUGGCUGAACGAGAGCUUCAGAUCCGAGCUGAAGUCCCUGCUGUGCGUGUGCCGGCGCAGGAGCGCAGCCCAGAGUCACGCUCUGCAGUCCAUCUCCCCUCCCUUCAGGCACGCCUGGGUGGAGAACUGCCGUUACAAAAGAGGCAGCGCCUGCCAGAAGGCAAGGGCAUCCUCCCAGAGGAACUCUGCAAAGACAGACAUAUCCAGUGUUCAGCCAAUUGUGGCGGAAAGCUAAACCCUUCCUCCGAUGGCCAGGCAGCAUCGUGCUGUAAUUGCGGAAUCACGGAAAAACUGAGCUGGAAAGGAGGGCUGGAGGCCAUCUAGUCCGGCCUGCCGCCCAAAGCAAGCUAAUGUCAGCGUUCCACUGGGUUCUCCAGGACCUCAUCCAGUCAGGUUUUCAAAAAUCUCCAGGGAUGGGCUGCCCACGUGGGCUCCAGUGAAUGUGUCAGGUGAACUCUUCAUUGGAACAGUCAGCAAAAAUUAAAGAGAAUUCUUUAACAGCACAUGAAAUCUUUCAUAGCCUGAGCAAGUGAGGGCAACCUGCACCGAUCACACACACGCCAGCUGAUGCGCAGUGUUAAAGUAGAUGGCUGUUCGUGCGUAUAGAAACACGGUGUUGAUUCCUUCUUUUUAUUUGUAAAUUGUUCAAGAUGAAUAACA